CCGAUACCAUGGCACAAACGCAGCAACACUUCCUGAUUGUUGGAUUUCCGGCGCAAAGCCACCUGAACCCUACUCUCCAGUUCGCCAAGCGACUUAUCGGCAUGGGAGCGCGGGUGACUCUGCUGAUCACUGUCUCCAUGCACCGCCGUAUCAUCCGGAAUCCCAUAAUCGACGGCCUCACAUUCACCACCUUCUCCGACGGUUACAAUGACGGUUUUGCCAACACACUUGACGACGCUAAAGUCUCGCUCUUCAUGUCUGAGAUGAAACGUCGUGGAAAACAAUCUCUUGCCAAUCUCAUCAUGGCCACCAAAUCCAACGGAGGUCAAACUUUCACCGGCUUAAUAUACACUCUAUUCGUUCCUUGGGCUGCAGAGGCAGCGAGUUCAUUUAACGUGCCGUCGGCGCUGCUCUGGAUUCAACCGGCCGCCGUGCUGAACAUAUACUAUUACUACCUGAGGGGCUAUCGAGAAUACAUUGAGACCAAAAGUGAAGAUCCCGAAUCAGAUAUAAAAUUACCAGGAAUGCCAUUGCUGAAGACGAAGGACCUUCCCUCGUUCCUACAACCUUCGAAUAUUUACUCUUUUGCCAUUCAGUCCAUGGACGAGCACUUUCGUGAGCUGGAGAAGGAGGUGAUGCCACGAGUGCUGGUGAAUAGUUUCGAAGCGUUAGAAUCGGAAGCCAUCAGAGCCAUUGAUAAGCUAAACAUGAUCCCGAUCGGGCCGUUGAUUCCGUCUGCGUUUUUAGAUGGAAAGGAUCCGAGUGAUAAAUCGUUUGGGGCUGACAUCUUCAGUUGCUCAAGCAGUUAUAUGGGAUGGCUUGACUCGCAGGCAGAGUGUUCGGUGGUAUAUGUUGCAUUCGGAAGCCUUUCGGUGUUAUCUGGGAAGCAGAUGAAGGAAAUCGCAUGUUCUCUUUUGGAUUCUGGAAGGCCAUUCUUGUGGGUCAUCAAGGAUAAUGAAACAAGGGAAGAGUCAGAAAAGAAGGAACAGGAAAAUGGGAACUGUAGAGAAGAAGAAAAGACGACGAGGAGGGGCUGGAGGAGGGAAUUGGAAGAGAGGGGUAAGAUAGUAAAUUGGUGCAGUCAAGUGGAGGUUCUGUCACACAGUGCAGUGGGAUGUUUUGUUACCCACUGUGGUUGGAAUUCGACCAUAGAAAGCUUAGUUUCAGGGGUACCAAUGGUGGCGUUUCCUCAGUGGAUAGACCAAGGGACCAAUGCGAAGCUGAUAGAAGACUUGUGGAAGACAGGUACGAGGGUGUCGGUGAACGAAGAAGGAGUAGCAGAGAGCGAAGAAAUAAGGAGGUGUUUGGAUGCGGUGUUGGGGAAUGGAGAGAAAGCAGUGGAAAUGAGAAAGAAUGCCAGGAAAUGGAAGGAGUUGGCCAGAGAGGCCGUGAGAGAAGGAGGGUCUUCCGAUCAGAAUCUGAGGACUUUCAUGAAGGAAUUUGCAUGAUGUCGCUGAUGAAUCAAUUUCAUG